AUGCCGUACUUAGAGCGUUUGUUGAUCGAAAGGGCUCCCCGUCUUCCGCCUCGUCAAGAUGAUGGGGGAGAAGCAGUUAUAUUGGAGGGUCUAAAUGUGAGAAAGUACCCAGAAAACCAGAGACGACGCUACGAAUAGUAAGUGCUUUCUUCACGUUUUCAAACAAAAUAUUUUGAAACAGCACAUCCUCCGACAACACCACUUACAAGUCACGCGAAUUUGCCAAUGACUAUGAACUCCACGGCCAUAAUGGACAGGUCGCGUCGGUUGGAGUGUUCCUCGAUUUCCAGAACUAUCGGCAUUUCUAUUUCCUCGUCACACCAAAUCCAGAUACUCCCAGGAUAGCUGUUCAGAAUAUGGAAAUUCUCGAAAACGAUUAA